AUGUUCGCUCGAGGCGCACGAGCUGCAUGGGCCUGUGGUGCACGAGCUGCGUCGGGCCAAAAUGCGCUGCUUCGCAUGGUGCCCCGCUCCGUGAAGGCUACGGCUCUCGUAGCGGUCGGUGGCUGUGCUCUCGCUAGCCCGCUGCUAGCCGAUGCGCCGCUCUUCGAGGCGCCGCCGCCGACGGAGCACCGCUUUCCCCUUCUAUCUUUCUUAGCUUGGGGCUCUAAUGCACAGGGCGUGCCUGCACCGGAUGGCAAGGCAUCGAGUGUGCCCUUUCCCAAAGUAUUGCAGGUGCUCGACGGCAUGGCCUGGCGCGAUGUACAGCUGAAUGAAACUUGCGCUGUGGCCGUAGACGCGGGCGGUGACGUUGUGCAAUGGGGGACCGGCUUUGAUGCAUCCAAGGAGGCAGGCCCGGCCAAAACCUUGACUGGUAUGGAUAUUCAACGUGUGCAGCUUAGUGGUGGUAAGGUGUAUGCUCUCUCGCGCUCCGGUCAUGUAUAUGUCUUUUCUCAAGCUCGGGAGCACCAGCAGCCCGUCAAAAGCUCGUGGCUUUCCUCGUCCAUCGAUGUCGUCAAGCUGUCCGCAGACGAAAAGCUGGUCGACAUUGUGGCGGGCGAUCAUCAUGUGCUGGGCCUCUCACGACAGGGCCGUGUCUAUUCGAUUCCAGCGGAUGACCUGGCGAACGAAUAUGGCCAACUGGGGUACUCUACGGUUCAGCUUGGUCUUAAUGAGUCGACACGAGCGUACGAGGCGCAGAUGGAGCCAGCGGUGGUACGCAGGAAGCGGGCUGCGACCUUGUCGAUGAGCAGCGCCAGCGAGCCUGCGCCUACUCGUCCGCCGACAGAUAUCCGCUACGCCACUUCCUGGCGCCUAAUUCCGUCACUAGGUGAAUCGAGGUUUGCGGAGAUUGCGGCUGGCUCCGCGCACUCAGCUGUUCGCACCGAGGACGGCCGUGUACUUUCCUGGGGCCAAAAUUCAAAUGGCCAACUCGGACUGGGUGCACACGUUACGUUUGAGACAAUCGCUGUACCUCGCGAGGUCGAGUUCCCCCUCUCUGUCGUCGGUCGUCACGCUAAGUGCACCAAAAUUGCUGCAGGGGGCGCGAACACCUUUUUUGUGAUGCACAGCCGCGGUGCACCUGUAGCAUCGGAAAAAGGCCCAAUCAAGGCAGAUGAGCGCGUGGACGUGUUGGCUGUUGGAGCCGGUCAGCGAGGCACACUUGGCAACGGUCAGCGAAACCAGUCCUGCGGGAUUCCCGUGCGAGUCAAAGUGGUGUCUGGUAUGCAAGAGUACUCCGAGGCCCAUCGUGGCAUGCGCCCCAUUGAUGUACAUGCCAUCACUGUUGGCGACAGUGGCCAGUGUGCUCUCGUCAUGGAAGCGCCAUCCGUUGGCGACCAGACUCGUCGGGAUGUCUAUGUGUGGGGCAACAACAGCGCUUCUCAGCUGGCGAAUGGCAAAAAAAAUCACUCCGCCGUUCCUAUACUAUUGUCUAUGAUGGACAAGGCGGAGACAUCCAAGGACUCGGAUGCUGAGCCUGUCCAAGUCCGUGUAUUGCUCGUGGAACAGGUCAAGACCCGUGCCAAAAAUUUUGACGGUCGAGAGCGCACGUACCAUAUCGAGCAGCGCAUUGUGGCGGGCGGUUCUUGCAUGGCAUUGUAUGCAGGCGUCGUGUAG